GUGCCGAAGUUUCGUUUCAAUCCCUGAUUUAUUCAAUCCAAUUUUUCUAAAAAUGUAACUGAAAGCAAUAAUAUGUGACUAAAGUACUUUUUGCUCAAGAACCUGAAAUGGUUCGUCGAUUUGGAUAAACGCUUUGUGGUAACUGUCAUUGCCAGCUGUUUAGGUACAUUUUUGGUACUUUCUAAAUCAAAGUUCAAAAAAUCCAAUAAAAGUCUAAAUUACUUUAUAGUAUCAUGAUUAUCACUUAAUUACAUCAUUAUACAAAAAUGAAUUCAUCAAAUUUAUUGGCAAACUCUGCCAUAACAUCAUCUACAAGUCUACAUUGCUCCAAAAAUGCCUUAACGGAUAUGUUUGGAUGGUUCUUACAAAUACUUUUAGCUAGUUUGGCGUUUACUUGUCUUAUCGCAAAAAGAUUUUGUGAACCAAUAACCGAACGUAGGUCAUGGCUUAUUUGGUUUUAUGAUACUUCGAAACAGGGAAUGGGUUCAGUAGCUAUACAUUUAGCAAAUGUUUGGUUAGCAGGACAGUAUACCGGAGAUCCGUGCACUUGGUAUUUAAUAAAUUUUCUAUUAGACUCAUCACUUGGUUUAGCAAUAAUAUUUAUCGGCAUUAGACUUAGUCAGUACUUAGCUAGGAAGAAAGGUUGGGAGUACAUCAAUUUUGGAGAAUAUGGCAAACCUCCAUCUGCGAAUGCAUGGAUGACGCAGUGUUGUUUAUAUAUUUGUUUGAUGAUAAUAGUUAAAGUUUCAAUUACUUUAUUUAUGCAAUUAGAUUUUUGGGAUAAUGUAAAAGAUUUUAUUUUGUCUCCAAUACCAAAUCAAAAAGUGGAAGUUGCUUUUGUUAUGUUGAUUAUUCCUUUCUUUAUAAAUAUGUUGAUGUUUUGGGUCACUGAUAAUUUCUUAAUGUAUAAAGAUCCAUCGAAGAGAAGAAGAUAUAGUGACAGUAUUUUGCGUAGAAUGCAUGUUAAAUAUCGUUCACUUACAAGAAAGAGACUUGUCGAUUCAGAAAGUGAUGUAUUGCUGUCCGCCGAUGAUGAGCUCUUAGAUUCUGAAACUGUACCCAUAACAAGAACCGUAGAUACUUAAUAUUUUGAAAGAAACAAGUAUACCAACAUUCCGUAGUUACAAAAAAAAACUUGAACCAAACCUUUAGAAGAUAGAAUAUCGUCAAGUAUACCAUACUAGUCCAACGAAUUGUUAUUUCUAGACGAUCAUCUGAGGCAUAUUUAUUUUCAGUUCGAACCAAAAAUGGUAUUCGGUUUAUUACUCUUUUUCCGUUUAAUCUAUUGUGAUUGAAAAAGAUUGAUUUUUCUAUUUUUUCGUUCAGUUUUUCGAAUCUGAGUUAACCCUGAACCAUUGAUGAGGCUAAAAAUAUAAGGGUACAUCGUACCUUAUAUUUUUAUUCUUGAUGAAGAUCAAAUAAAACGCCGAAACGUUGGCAAUUAAAAAGAAACUCCUAAGCCGACCGCCCACGCUGCGACUGUUUUUAAACAAAUGUUGCAAACCAGUUGAUAUUGCAACAGGUGACUCGAAUGAAACCAGUUUGCAAUCGUAUAAUGUAUCUUGUAGCUAACCAAUGAGGGUUGAUUUUAUUCGAAACUAUUUUCGAAUAAACUAUUCAUUAAACAAUAAAAUAAUUAGUUGAGCUUGGAUUUAAUAACCCGACGACCAUAAUCGACGAAUAUCAUACUAUUAAAGACCCCUCGUAUCCGUUUACAAACCGCUUUAUAACAGUUAUAUGUCCGGUCGUUAGAGUAUUAUCGAUAUAAAAUAAUUUGAUACGUUAAUGGAGCUUCAAGUGUCUAAGGAAGUCACUUGGAGUCAAUUAAUUAUGAUGUGGGUCCCCAUUAGGAUCGUGUACCAUAAAUAUUAAUGAAUACAAUAAUCAUCAAGUUACGUUUAAUGGAGAGUAAAAUUAGGCACGCUUUGAAUCACCCAACCAGAUGACUAACAAUCGAUUCCGCGGUCGCGGGUGUUGUUUUUCAUCUGAUUAUCACAUGCUUAUUUUAUUUUGUUGUUGCAAGAUUAACUGAUUUGCAACAUUAUAUAUAAUUAUAAAUUUUGAAAAUAUAUUUGAAAGAAAAUGACUUAAUUGUAGAACAGAUUCUUAGAAUUCUACAACUUAACUUAUAUAGUCCAGGAAAUAAAGCUCAAAAAAGGCAUAACCUCGCAAUUUUUUUGUCCUGCAUCGAUUUGUACAAAAAUUUAGGGAUCAGACUCAUUCCACCCUAUAAUUCAUUUUCUAUAUUGUGCCGUUGUACGGUUUUUGUUUUUUAAGUGUGAAAACUACCCCUAAUUGUAAAAUAACAGUUUAAAUCUUAACAUGAAUAAAAUUUGUUUUUUUAUUUAGUUAAAUAAGGACGUAGUUCCUUCAUUUUUAGUGAUAGAAAGUUUUUUCGAACAUCAGUUUGUAGGGUUUUUCAAGAGCUACAAGACUACGUUAAUUAAAUUUUUUAAUAUCCCUUAAUUUUUAAAUGGGGUGAGUUUAAAGGGUUCGGAUAAGGUGGUGCUUGCUCGAAAAUUGAGGUUAUAUCUCGCCAAAUAUUCACUGUGUACAAAAUCUACACACAGGAAAAUUUCUAACAUUAAAAAAGCUAUGAUUUGAUAUUUCAUCAUUUUUUUCGUAUUCCCAGUAUUUUCGGAGAUAUUUCGAAGUAAAGGAUGGAAAAUAUGAAAUUGCAAAAAAAAUCGUUUGCUCUUUAAACUCCAAUUUUUCUAAAAUUACGCAUUUCAAAUUGGACAAACUUGUUGAUAAUACAUAUAAAAAGAAAAUGACAGAAGGUCGAAGAUCUAUUUUUAUCAAAGGGGUAGCUAGGGGGUUGUUUAUACUGAUUUUUUCUUAGAAAAAAGUUGGAAGUGACCUUAUUUUGAUCAUAAGUCGCUCGAUUUUCAUGCUAGACACUUUUUUCCAUUUUAAAGCUCUAAUUAUAUACUUUAAAGUUACUUAGAACUGCAAAUAACUCGAAGAAAACGUAAAGAAGAUUUUUUUCUUAUAAUUUUUCCAUCGAUACCUGAGUCAGAAUGUGAAAAUUUCAAAUAAAUCCAGUUAGGACCAAAAAAUUUCGAGCCAAAAUGCUUCAUUUCGUGGACUAAUAUACCAACUGUUUGAUGUAAUGUCGAAAAACUAAAAAUGAAACUAUACAGUGUGUCCAAAAAAUUCAAAUUGUAGAUACCAGAUUUGAUUUUAUGUUUUUUGACAUUUCGGAUAUUAUUAUUUUUAUUUGUAUACUUUUAGAAUGUACAGAAAAAGAACAAAUAUUUAUUUUGAAUUUAGAAUUGGUUAUUAGUUUAUUUACGGCGAAUAAUAUGUGAUAUAAUAAGUUAAGAUAUAUCUUACCAGAUAUUAGAAAAAAAAUCUUUUUUUUAUUCGACUGAUUUUUCUUAGCGAAAUUGCUUCAAACUGUGCCUUAUUGAUUUACGAUUCUUCUAAAUUAAAUAUAUUUUUUUUUCAUGAUUAUAUACAGGGUUAUUGAUCAUGAUUAUGAUCUUAAACAACGAAAGAAGCGGUUCACCUCCUCUAUUUUUGUCAAAAACACAGUUCUACUAUACUUGAAACAAAUUAGACUUUUUUCAAUAAUCCUGUACCCUAAAGAACUUAUGACAGGCUCCGAAACUAUACUAAAACUAACGUUAUCCUUUUCUUUUAUAAUAAUCUUCGAAAUUAAUUGUUUGGAAUGUCUGAUUUUUUGAAAAAUACAUAAUUAUGUGAAUAUAUCUCUAGUUAAUAUACGA